AUGAUAUUUAGUGGCUCACUAAGAACUACAACUCCAGAAUAAAAGUCUUAAAUACGUACAAAAAAACACUUCGAUUUCAAGCAUGAUUUAGAUGAUUAAUUAUUAUCACUUAAAUAUUUGAACAAUCAGAACAUCAUUUAAUGCAUUAAAACAAAAAAACAUAUAUAACCAAAUAUUAACGAUCAAAAUGUUAAUAUAAGUAGAUUGAGGAGAUCAAUGUCACCUUUAUAAAAUAGUUAAUUAGAUAAAAAUUUAGUACCCAAAGUUGAUGCUCCUCCUAAAACACCUUAAAAAUCAAGACUUUUUGCUAAUUUAUUUAAUAAUUCUUGUUCCUUUGAAAAUAUUUGUUUAACAUAGUGUCAUAAUUGUAAAUCUAAUAACAAAGAAAAUAUACGUAUUUAAACAACUCCAAUCAAAAUGGCAUAAUCUGUUUUUAAAAUAGAACCUCAAACCUGUUUAACUAGUAGAGGAAACUAUUUUAAAAAAUGA